CGGAGGUGCCCGCGACAGCCGAUGUCUUUGUGGGCAGGCGCUUGCAGAAACAGGACACCCGUCCCUCCGGUAACCCUGCCCCAGCCUUCAAUAAUGAACACCCGCGCCUCGGCUCAGGUCGCUGGCACGGUGCCGGUCCCCGCGACACCCAGGACCCCGUGGAGCUUCCCAGCGCUCUGCUCCACUCCCGGCAUCGCGUGGCGCACGGGCAGGAUCACGACGGCCGGGAGGGACGCACGGUCCCACCGGUCCCCACAAGAGGCCUCUCCGGUGACAGCCCCGUCCCGGUUUGCCGGCGCCUCUCCCCGCGUUGAAGUCUUGUGUCGUGGAAGGUGAAAGCCGGGCUCUAACGCAGAGUGACAGCUCCCGCUCGUGGGACAUUAACCUUGUUUGUCACUCGGCUGUCUCCAGACGCAGACCCCGGGCUCUGGAGCAGAUGGCUGCCGUCCCCCCGCUCCGGUCACUCCCUGGGGAUCCUCCUCCCGCGGCUGCCGGAGCAGCUGGGGAGGGCUGGGGGGGACACGCAGGGCACGUGGCCCCAGCUGCCACCCUGUCCGUGGGGCCGUGGCUCCCUGGAGUCCUGCCGGUGUCCGCUCUCACGGGGCUGGAUGAUGCCGAGUCCCCCGGGGUCAGCUCUGAUCUGGAUCCUGUCUAUGGAAUUACUUGGAUGGAAACCAUCAGGCUCAUUACAGCCCACACUGAUGAGCACAGGGGAAAGGAAAUGGAUUCCAGGGGUUUGUCUGGAUGUGGAACAGCCUCUGGCCUGUGUGGGUGUACAGGGGGAUAAAAUACAUAAGAAGUUGAACAAAAAGCUGCAGUGAGAUUUGGGAAGGAUGGAGGAAAAUGUAUCACUGGAGCAAGAUCUACGGCCUGAAUCCUCUUGGCAGGGGUGACUCUUUGCCUGCUUGGCCCUGAAAUCCCUUGGGAGCACGAGGAUGGAGGAGUGCUCCUGGGAAACCCCCAGGAUAUCCAAUGCCAGGGGACACCGUGCCCGUGGGUCCAUGCUUGCAGCAGCAGAAUAUUUCUCCAAGCAAUGGAAAAGCAUCAGCACAAGAAGCAGCUGUUGGCACCACACAGGAAAUUCACAGCCUGGGAUGGACCUCAGUAACCCUCAGGAACAGCCCAUAGCUGCAGAAGAACAUGAGGAUUUGACAGACUGUAAUCUGAACAAAUCCCAGGAAAUGGAAAGCAUGGAUAAUGUGGAAGAAAUGAAGGAACACAAUCAGUCUAAUGAAGAAGCAGGAGAUGAUGUGAUUAAAGUGAAAGGUGAAUACAGUGAAAGAGAGGAGAGUGCUUUAAAUUCCGAGCCUAUGGAAAACCUGGAAGAAUCCGAACUGCCUUACACAUAUCCCAGAGAAUAUAACGAAUAUGAGAGCAUUAAACUGGAAAGACACUCGGGGUCAUAUGACAACGUCAGGCCAGCUAGUGGAAAGAUGAAUUGUGAUAUCUGUGGAUUAGCCUGCAUUAGCCUCAAUGUCUUGAUGGUUCAUAAGCGUAGCCACACUGGUGAACGGCCAUUCCAGUGUAAUCAGUGCGGAGCUUCCUUUACUCAGAAGGGAAACCUCCUCCGCCACAUUAAACUACACACAGGGGAAAAACCUUUUAAGUGUCACCUGUGCAGUUAUGCCUGCCAAAGGAGGGAUGCGCUUACGGGUCACUUAAGGACACAUUCUGUGGAGAAGCCGUACAAAUGUGAGUUUUGCGGAAGGAGCUACAAGCAGAGGAGCUCGUUGGAGGAGCACAAGGAGCGGUGCCGGACUUACCUGCAGAGCGCUGGCAUGUGUGAGGCUGCCAGCGUGGAGGCAAGGCACAUCAAGGCAGAGAUGGGGACUGAAAGAGCCCUUGUGCUGGACAGGCUAGCGAGCAACGUGGCAAAGAGAAAAAGCUCAAUGCCUCAGAAAUUUAUUGGUGAGAAACGACCCAACUUCGAUGUGAAUUACAACUCCGGUUUCCUGUACGAGAAGGAGAGCGAGAUGAUGCACGGGCGCAUGAUGGACCAGGCCAUCAACAACGCCAUCACCUACCUCGGGGCCGAGGCCCUGCGCCCGCUGGUGCAGACCCCGCCGGCGCCCACGGCCGAGAUGGUGCCGGUCAUCAGCAGCCUGUACCCGCUGCCGCUGCCCCGCGCCGACGUCCCCAACGGCACCGCGCUGGAGGCCGAGAAGAACCACGGCCACCUCAGGGACAAGAGCCUGUCAUCCGACAGGGGCCUUUCCCCGAACAACAGCGGCCACGACUCCACAGACACUGACAGCAACCACGAGGAGAGGCCCAACCCCGCCUUCCACCAGAGCCAGGUGAUCCCGGCUCCGACCCGCAACGGCCUCCAGGCCCUGAAGGAUUUCCCGAGGCCCUACGACAUCAUCAAGCCACCCGCCAUCUGCCCCCGCGACGCCUUCAAGGUCAUCAACAAGGAAGGGGAGGCCAUCGGGGUGUACCGGUGCGACCACUGCCGCGUGCUCUUCCUGGAUUACGUGAUGUUCACCAUCCACAUGGGCUGCCACGGCUUCCGAGACCCCUUCGAGUGCAACGUCUGCGGCUACCGGAGCCACGACCGCUACGAGUUCUCCUCGCACAUAGCUCGGGGAGAGCACAGAGUCGUGCUCAAGUGAAAGGACCGGUUCUCCAAGGUCAAAGGCCGUGUUUUGCAUUGGAGGGGAGGCUCGGUUGGUUGGGGUUUUAAUUAGUAUAAUGAAAUUUCUUGGGUAUUUUUCUAGGCCAGUUUUAAGUGUGUCACAAGGAGGUGGCGCCUUUUUAAAUUUGUCUUUCCCGAUAAUUCAGUGUUCUGUAGCAUCUCUGCCUGGCUGCUGUGGUGAGUGGGACUGUGGGAAACAGCAGGAGCAGAGACUGGUUUUGAUAUGAACUUUAUUUUUGUGAAACUUCAGAGCCAUUUACGACGUUUUCGAUUUUUAACUUGUGUUUGUUUUUAUAGAGUUUGCUUUAAGUCAGCACAAAAGCUUUUCAUGCCAAUUCCCCUGCUCAUUCAGAUGUAUAGUCAGAGGUGUGUUGGAGGAGCUUUUCCUAGUUAUAAUCCCAAUGGCCUCCCAGUGGCUCAUCACCAAAACAAGGAAAACGAGGGCAGGAAAAGGGAGGGAUUUCAUUCCUCCUUAAAGCUUUUCCCCUAAGCCCUAAUGAGAGUGUGGCACACUUUCAUUUUUCUAACCCCACUGCUGAUUUUCUUUAAAGUCACUCAGUAAGAGGAAAACAAGAAAUGAGACCUAUUUGGGGUUGGGGAUUUUUUUAAUAGUACAUAUUUUUUGGGAUACCCAGCGAGGUCACUGGUUGGCUCAUCCACGUGGCCUAGGGAAAAUCCCGAUUUUCAUUGCUGGGAACUCCUCCUUUGCCAUGGGCGCCGAGAACGAGGACGAAGCCGUGCUGCGUGUUGUGCCUCUGCCUUGCUCCCACAGCAGGACACGUGGCCGUGUCCCCACAGGGUGGCCCUGGCUGGCUGUGGACAGGUGAGACCCAGACAGGUGUGUGAGAGCCACACCUGCCCCAGGACAGCCCUCGGGAGGUGCUGCUCCACACCCUGAGCAGGUGCCAUCCCUUUGAAGCUGGUUUUUACAACAGUUCUCUGAAUCUCCCCAUGCAGCAGCUGCGUCGGCGGCCCCGUGCUGCAGAGGGGUUUGGUAACGGCUUUGCUGAGUGAAGGUUUAAUCUUUGCAAAGUAUUUUUGUAUCCUGUAGUUAGGAGUGUUCUGAUGGACUUUCUGCAUCCCUCGUGUGGUUUGAGAGCUGUGUUGCUUCUGUGUUAGCUCUGGUGAUCCAAUCGCUUCCCUGAGGGAAGGCUGGAGAGCUCAGGGUCAAGAAAUAUUGAAAUUCAUCCCUCCCUCCGAAUUCUUUUGGCUCCAUUAUUUCCUCCCUGAAUUUUAAGGUACAAAAUAAGAAAUUUAUAUUCAUUUUUCCCACUAAGGGAGGGUCUGGAGAGGGAUAAAUCAGCCUGCAGUGUCCCUGAGUACCCAGAGUGCUGUGGAAGUGCUGAUCCAAGAUCCUGCUAUCCCUGGGGUUGAGGAGAACUCUUUUGCU